UUAUUUCUGUGUGUGACGCCCUAGCUCAUCUUUGGUAGCAGCAGCCGUAAGAGUUGAGCUUCGGAGCAGAGAGAGAGAGAGAGAGAAAGUUGCAACAAUGGUGGACAAGGGCAGCAAAGGAAGAAAGGAAGAGGUUGUCACCAGAGAGUACACCAUCAACCUCCACAAACGCCUUCAUGGAUGCACUUUCAAAAAGAAGGCUCCAAAGGCCAUAAAGGAAAUCAGGAAGUUUGCCCAAAAGGCUAUGGGAACAACUGAUGUCAGGGUGGAUGUUAAGCUUAACAAGCAUGUCUGGAGCCGUGGAAUUCGCAGUGUGCCAAGGAGAGUUCGUGUCCGCGUUGCACGUAAGAGAAAUGAUGAAGAAGACGCAAAGGAGGAGUUUUUCUCACUAGUCACUGUUGCGGAGAUCCCUCCAGAGGGUUUGAAGGGGUUGGGCACCAAGGUCAUUGAAGAAGAAGAUUGAACUAAGCCUACUACCCUAGAUCAUAGUUAGAUUGCUCCAGUUUUGGCUACAUAUUUCUUGUUUCAGAGAUAUUUUUAUUUGGCCUUGGAUUUUCUCCUGUGGAGAGAGCACUAUGGAAUUUUAUUUUAUCUAUUUUUCUUGUUCAA